AUGGGUAAAUUAAAAAAAUUAAAUAUCGAUAAAACUAUCACCACCGUUAGAUUAGAAUAUCUCCCAACUAGUUUAGAAGAAAUUAUUUUUCAGGUAGAUAAUAAACCUUCCGCUCAAUUGAAGAUUUUAGCAGAAACUUUAAAACUUUAUAAAAAAGUUCUCGCAAGAGAGGCUCAAGUUUCUGAUGAGUUAACUAAACUAGAAAAAGUUCUCCAAGUAACUGCUUUUUAUUUAGAGGAAGAGACAAAAAACAUUAGAAAAGAAUUAUACAAAGAAAGAGGUUGUCAAUCUCAAAUAGAACAACUUUCUAAAUAG